UCGCGUUCAAACCAAGAUGGCGGGCUUUGGGAAUCAUUUUGUUACUACCUUUCAGGCUGAUUUAGAAGCUAUAUUUUCCAAGUAUGCACUGGUACCUGAUGAGUACGUGGAGGAGUUUUACUUGAGUGAAUUUUAUGAAGAUGAGAGUGAAACAGAGGAUGAUGGUGACCAGUACAGUGACCCUGAAGAUGACGAUGGCCAGGAUUCCGAUGCAAGUGGGCCUACUUCAUGUUACCCAGAAGAUGGACCUGGUGGGGGUAUAGUGUCUGGCAAGGAAGAUGAACUUUGCACGGACUCAGCCCCUACAAUAAAUGACUCUUUUACAACACAUGAUUACAAGGGAUGCAUUGAAGAUUUUGAAGGAAUAGAUCCUGGGAAAGAUGCCUCCAAAUUGGGUAAUCAGGAGAGAUCAAAGUAUGCACAAGAAAAGAGCUCUGAGGAAUUGCAGUACGAGGAAUUUAAUUCUAACAAACGCGUCUGUGAUGUAACCUUUACUAUAAAUUGUUCUAAAGCGAGUCCCUUUUCAGCAUAUCCAAGGUUGUCUAGUAUUUACAAGAAACCAGUGUCUGUUGUACAGCCGCUUACCUCAUCAGGUGCAAAACUUCCAAGUGACACCUCGUUUUCAGGGGAAGACGAACUGGACGGUGAUAACUCAAAUGGCGACUGCAGUCUUGCACAGGUUGUUUUGCAUUCUCGCGACAGGAUUGCUCUUGCUUUGUCCAUGGUCUCUGACGAAGAACAAGAAAAUUUUCCACAGGGGACUACUUCGAAGAAUGCAUUAUCACAAGGAACACUGGGUACCUUAACGGAACGUACUUCCUCACCAGGCCCCUUCUCACGAACUUUCUCACUGAAAGGGACCUCAUCGCAGAAUGUGUCUUUGAAAAGUACCUUUUCGAAAAAUUCUCCUGAAACACCUAUAUUCCCAGCUGGUAGAAAGUCGAAGGUAUUAAUCCAAAAUGGAAAACACUCGAAACCCACUUUUCAAAAUGGUGUCGAAUCCUGUUCAACAAUGACAGGUAGUGAGGAAUCCUAUCUUCAGACAUCUGACUCAAGCUUUGAAAAGAGGACCAACGAUGCUGCAGCUACGAGCUGCAAACUCAAUGAGGUGUUAGACCACGAGAGAAGUAAGAUUCUUGCUUCAAGUGAACGUCACCAAUUACGCUCCAGCGAAGAAAAGUCGUAUUCUACUCCCAGACGUCGAUCUCUAAAAAUCCUGCCGCCCUCCUCGGGCGAAAAAUUAAAGUGCUCGGUAAAACUUGAAGGCGUUUACCUUAAGGACUCGUUUCUCAGUGCUUCCCUAGCUCAGCAGCCGAAUUCUCGUUCCACAUCACACCACACAUUACGAGUUCCUGAUAAAGAUACAGUCGCAGUCAGUCCGUGUUCACCAGUCAAAGAGAGCAGAGCAAGUCAAGAACCUCUAAGACGCUCACAUCGAAAAAUUGUGACUAAUUCCGAAAAGGGUGGUUGUACGUCGGAAGAUAAUGCUAACAAAAAACAUCCGUGUAGUGAUCGAAUUGUGUCUCCACAUUGUAACGUCAAGUCUGGAUACAGGACAAAAAAGAGGUUAAAAGAUUUGGUUUCUAGCCCAAAAGAAACAUUAACAAGUACGUCUGUGGUAGCUAGUGGUCUACGUUCUAAAAAUUCCCGUUUUGGGUCACACGCGGGUAAACGGUUAGCGAGGAAAAGCAGUCAAAUGAAUAAACAAGACUGUCUGCCUUCAAAAAAAGCCAAAAAGGGUUCACCUACGCCUAUGAAGGGACGAAACAGGGAUAAUUUACAUGGGGAAAGAUCUUCAGGGCCUUUAAGAUCGCAGGACACAGGCAAGCCUCUUAUGAAGGAGAGGGAUACGUAUUGUUUACACAGGAAAGAAUUCCAUGCGUAUAGAGCAGAACUGUUGUCGUCGAUCAAACGAAAUGUCCCCGCCUCUCGUGAAUCUUCACCAGAGCCCUUCUUGUUUCCUUGCAAAGGGAGAGGAACUUGCAAUAAAGAAUUUUGCUUUGAAUGCUGUUAACCAUGUUCCAUUUAGCACUUUUUAUAAAUGUCCUUGACGCGAAGGAUGCUGUGUUGGCAUACUUUGUUCACAAUAGUCCAAAUGAUGCUUUGAUCAUUUUGAAGUAAGUUAAGCCAAGCUCAUGUGCUAGCCUCUCAAGAAACUCUAAUGAAAUUUGUAGAAGUAGACGACUUUGAAGGCUAUUGAAAACAAAUACGACUCUUUUGACCUUUGAAUUUAGAUUUUAUACCCAGUGACUUUUUAAAUUAUACUUCAAAAGAUGUUGGGGCGUUUUGUAAAUCUUAAC